AUUCAAAACACUGUCGAAUAAGACCAUUAGCUUUACCAUCCAGAGUCCAGAUUGAUGUAUUGAUACUGAGGCAUCUUGGCUUUCAUUACAUCGGAGAUCUCUCGAAUGAUCUUAUCAUUGAACCUAUAGCAUUGUUACUUAUUGUCGAUUAUAACAAUCGUGAUUAAAAAAUUACCAUGGUGCAGUAUGUUUACCACCGUAGCCGGGAACGUCAUCAAGGAUCUGGGUUGACCAAGUUGAAAAUCCCAAGAUGGGUUUGUUGGCCCAAUCAGAGAAGCAUUACACUUUAACGCGGGGGUCUAGAGAGCGGCGCAUCAAUGGCCAAGAGAAAAUUGUGUAUUGUGAAAAUAGAUCGUCAAGAAUAACGACUCCACGCCCCAACCAGCACCCCCCCUUUUUUUAAAAAAAAAAUUAUAGAUGUUUUAGAUUUACUUUUAUAGCAAGUUUUUCUUUUAUUCAAUUGAUUGUUUCAUAUUGGCACUCAUCCUCUUUCACGACAGGUUGUUUCCAAGCCAAUACAUUAAAACGUUAAAAUGAAUAUGGCCAGGGAAGUUGUGACUUGCAGCCGUUCCUUUAUAUUUGUAUUUCCAUCCAAGUUUGAUUUUCACAUUUCCGUAUUUUUUCAUAUUAUACAUCAUGUCUCAAGUCUUGAAUUCCUAUCGUCAUCUUCUCAGAGAAGUCAACAUUCAAUAUACCAAAGGUGCCAACAAUGACACAUUUGCUAAAGAACUCAAGUCGAUCUUCCGCCAGAACAAGGAUGUCACAGAUCCCAAAAAGGUCUCGGCCCUUGUUCAGAAUGCAGACAAUGUUCUUAUCUUUUUGAAGAGUUCAAGACAACACAAGAUUCUCCGCGAUCAAUAUGCUGCCAUUGUCUUGGAACAGAAGAAGCGUAUUGAAAUGUCAGCUCAUCGUGUUGGAUUGGAACUUCCCAAGCCAUAUGAUCCCAACUCUCCUCUUCCUGGCUCCAACCCCGAGGCAGCCGUAGCUGACAGGGUUGCAAAGGCAUUUGGAAACUAAAAUACAAAAGCAGAUGUCUUGAGAAAAAGAAAGAAAACAGAAGAGAAGAGAAACUUACUUAAAAUACACCAUGAACACACACACAUACAUAUACACAUAUGAAAUAUCCUCUUUAUUAUCUUCAUAAUUAGCAUACUGGCGGGCAGGAUCAUACUGUACACCUAAUAUCCUUAUUCUAUGAAUAAUAUUUUCUAAAGAAAACAAAUGGAGAAGUUUCUGGGAUAAAUCAUAUCAGUUUAACAAUAUC